GCAUUUAUAAGCUUCCGUAGCAAACGGAAGUGGUCCAAAUUCAGCAAAUUGUAUAGCGUACAGGUACAUCUCUGAAGGUUGUCAUGAAAAAGUUGUACGUCUGAGCAUUUUGUAAUACCCAUUAAGUGGCCGUGAAUAAGUAAUGAUCUAAUAAAAUAGGCAUUAAAUUUCUCAACUCGAAGGUUAGUAUGUCAGUUUAUUACAAUGAAGGUAUAAGAAAAGUUUUAGAGUUAUGUCCCUUCCUACAUAUAAUUUCGUAAGUCGCUUCCGCAUAUCCAUACAUCCAAAUCAAUCACAAUAUACAGAAAAACAAUGGAGUCUUUUAACAAAUUACUCAAGGCAUUCAGAUAGUGGGCAUCAGCAUCCAAGGGUCAAGACAGGGUCUGCUCUUGCAAAAGCCGGGCUGAAAAAAAUUGUCUUGAAGAAAGUAAUGUCUUCCCUACAGCGAACCCCCACCUUACCCCCAGGUACCAAGCCCUUAGAUAAUCAGGUGGCAGGCCACCAAAACACAGAGGGCAAAAUAGGGUGCUUACUACAUGAGGAUGGGACAAUAUUAAAGCCGGUGCAGUGUCCCCCCAAAGGUCAGAGGGAGGUGGAGUUUUACCAGGAACUGUUCUCCGAACAAAAGUCCGAUGAUAAAGUGCUGCUACAAUUACGUGACCUUGUGCCAAAAUUCCAUGGAUUGGUACAUUCUCCAAAAGAAUCUGAUGCUCGCUUCAUGAAACUGGAAAACUUACUUUUGGACAUGAAGCAUCCAUGUGUUCUGGAUAUUAAGAUGGGGAGGAAAACGUAUGACCCCCAGGCCUCGCAAGAGAAAAUGGCCCUGGAAAUUGCCAAGUUUCCUCCAGCACAGAACAUUGGGUACCAGAUCUCUGGAAUGCAGACGUAUAGUCCAAGCACUGGAAAAUCACAAAAGUUUGACAAGUACUUCUGCAAAAACUUGAAUGAAGAAACUAUUGUUUUUAAAGGGUUUGGAAAAUUCUUCUCCCUAGAUGGCGUUUUGCAAAAGGAAGUGAUAAAAGCUGUGAUAGUGAGGCUGAAGGAAAUUUUAGAGUGGUUCAAUAAGCAGCGGACCUUUCACUUUUUCGCCAGUUCCAUUUUAAUUGUGUUCGACGGCGAUGUGAACUCUCCCCUAUCAUCUAAAUCUCCCACGUCUUCCGCCGGUCUCAAGGGGAGCGUCGCCGAUAACUGCUGUAACGGCGAUACAGACUCCAUUAUUGAAAAUGAUUUCUCAGAUGUGAUCUCCAGUGAUUUUGUGGAUUCAGUGACGGACGGUCAGUCUGAAUCUGUUCAUCCUAAAGUUCAAGUGCGUAUGAUAGACUUCGCUCAUGUUUACCAUAUGCCGGAGGAGGAUGAAAAUUAUGUUUUUGGAUUGAAACAUUUGAUUGAUGAUUUACAUCGAUUGUUAAACAGUUAGUAAAGCAUUAUCUGUUAAGCAUUUUUAUUUAUGAGAAUUAUAAGGCUGUAGUGUUUUCACACAUCUGUGAAGGUUGUUGAUAUUUAUUUUGUUGUAAAUGAUCUUACAAUUAUAUAACGAGACUUACUGAGCAAUUAAGUAACAGUAUGACAGAACAAUAAUGAUGGAACAAAUAUCAAAAGUGUGAGAAUAAUAUGUAUUUUAGAAUGAAAAUAUCCCUUUGUCAGCUAUGGUGCAAAAAUUGUUGAAUGUUUUAUAGCUGUUAUGAAAUGAAUGCGUUAAUUGUGCUAUAAGUAAUUAUUGUCUGUUGUACUCUCUGAUUUCAAAAGUAGGUGCUCCGUGUUUUCUUGUUUCUUAUUUUUCCUGUAUUUUUCUUAAGGCUUUUAAUAUAUCUUUUGUAUCAUUUCAAGUAAUGCAAACUGAGUUCUGUAUUUGUAUAAAAUAAUUUCAUGUCAUAAGCCUUUCAUAACUUCCUCUUUGAACAGCUUUUAAAAGUCAGAGUAAUUAUUUUUCAUACUUGAAAAGAAUUGUUUAUCAACAGAGUAGCUCUAUAACACUUUGUGCCUUUUCUUUCAAAAGUAUUUCAAUGCAUAUUCUGUAAGAAAGGUAAUUUAAUAGCUACCCACCCAAGUUUUGAAUCAUGAUUUUGCUUAGAAUUAAUAUGGUAACGCUCUCUAAAAAUAAAUUUUGGUGAGAUGUUCUUAUUGCUAGAUGACCUGAGCUUAAGUGCAUUCUUAUAAAUACCAUUUGCCUUGCAUCCACCUUCUUAAGAACCACAUAAGAAAUAUUAAUGUGCAAUCAUUUCUAAGUUGUUUUGAUUCAUUUUUUGACCCAAAAACAAUGAAUCUUAGUAAAAGAAGGCUAAAAUCUGGAUCAAAUUUUAACUAAUGCAUGUAUAAAUGAAAGAUUUUAUUCUCCUUAAUUAACUGCAAAGCCAUGGUGUGGACCAUGAUUAAAUAGGGUGGGACCAUUAUAUCCCAUGGGAUCACAAUUAUUUAUGUUAAAAGAUAAAAAUCUUUCUUCUAGAUCAGCAGGGUUAGUUACUCAGGUGAGCAUUGAUAAUGUGGCUCAUGGGUCUCUGUGUAUCGAUUAGAUUCCAUUUUGUCAAUACUUCCAAGGUCAUUUCCUUGUAAUAUAUAACAUACAUGUAUGUAAAUAUUUAUUAUAUACUUCAUACAAUUGUUCAUUUUCAGUAAGGGGAUACGAAGCUAAAAUUUAUCAUGCUUAAAAUUAAGGAACAGUCUUAAUAUAGAUCAUGUAUAACCAUGCAUACUGUGGCUUUCCACUGGAAUGUACCCUGAACCUCAGUUAACAUCAUGUAUGAAUCUAAGGUCAAGGCCAUUCUUAAUUUGUUAUUUAAAAUAAAUCUUCCUUUGUCAUGAAAGCAAUUUUUUUCUUUAGGUAUAUCAAUGUCAACAAUAUGUAGACACCUACAUUAUAGAAAGCUAUGGUAUUACCUUUCAUGAUAAACAUACACCUCAACAACCCCCGUCAAUUAUUAUAGCUUUUACUUAUAAAUGGAAAGCAAUGCUUGUUUUGUCCAUAAAAUAGCUAUAGUCUAAGGUUACUAUAUAUUUAUAUAUUUAAUAUCCCAUUGUCAUAGGAUACAGUAACUGGAUUCAAAUUGAAAGUUGUAUAUGUCUUAUGUU